UCUGGUGUAAGUGGCACGCUGCACCACACCAACAGUGGAACCACUUUUUCCUUCUUCACAACAAAAUAGGAAAUUGCUGGGCUUAUCAGAGCUACAUAUCGCGCCGAGCAACAUUGCGUUACUCAAUAGUGUGACCCUUCGGACAAUUGCCGUUCGGUUGGGGGUUAGAGGUACAGAUUGCCGCGGUGCAGUGAUUACUUUGCCUCGAGCAGUGGCAACAGAGCAUUACCAUACCAGGCUAAAUAUUAGGGCUGUGCAAAAUGAAGUGAAAACCAAAGCAACCACACGCCCCCGGAGAUGAUUCUCAAGAAUGCUUAAGUCGUUGUCAACAAACGGAUUCAGGAUCGCAAGAGUUACUUUGUCAUCGUAGAUUACGGCUGUGCGAUAAAAGGGAUCUUUCUAUCUGGACGGAUGUAUUAACGACGUACAUGCACAAAUCGUUCAGUACAGUUCGUGUGGGGUUCGAUAAAGUGUCGCAUUUCGUUGACGGUUAGCCGAUAAUUAAUCGUACUUAAGUCCACAGUAACGGAGCUACGUAGCAAGGACAAGGACGGGUUAACAAAAAUAAAAGGGCUGUGAGCCUGUACGGUACGUUUCGGACAGUGUCGAAACCGGUCGGCUUUGUUGCGCAAGCUGUGUUCUGAUCGGGCAAGAUGCAGGUACUGAGCAAGAUGACUCCGGUGCCUGUCACCUGCCUGGAGUAUGUGCACCCAUGGACGCAAUCGUGCACACUGGCAACGGCGGAACUAAUGAUCGUCGGUGUGCAGUACUGUCUUCGAAUCUAUGCAGCCGUGUAUGCGCUUUCUCUCAUAAUGCGUGGCCGCAUACCGACAAUGCCAGAGCUGAAGAAGACACUUCGCGGAUGGCUUCAAUCGACCGUCUUUCUAACAACCAAUGCCUUCAGCUAUUCGAUCCUCAUGUGCACCAUACGGCGAGUGAUGGGAAACUUUAACUUCUAUACCGCAUCGUAUGUGCCGGCAUUCCUCGCGGCUCUCAUCUCGAUCAUGGUAGAACGAUCUUCCAGGCGGGCGCUUUUGGCACUGUACGUAUCGAAUGUGGCCACCGAAACCAUGUGGAAUAUAUUGCAGUCCCGGGGGUACGUUAAAUCAAUCCCACACGGUGAGCUUGCCAUCUUUGGACUGGCCACCUCGGUGCUGAUGUACUGCUACCGGAAAAAUCGUCAAGAAACCUACCGGGACUCGAUGUUCGAUGUGGUACGCUUUGCAAUCGGUGACAGUGAGGUGAUGAAAGCGGCACCUACGGUACCAGAGGAAGCAACGCCAGCCAUCCGUGAACCGAACACGCGUGCUUCGAAGGGUCCGAAAUAUCCAUUGCCCUUCAUACAGGCGAUCCUGCAAGCCUAUCUACAGCUUACGGGACGGUUGAAGGCGAUGGGAAAGCACAAGCUAUGUCGCCAUCGUCACGGAUGUCUUUACGACACGCUCUCUAGUGGUACGCGCAUGUUUUCAAUCGGUCUUGGGAUACAGGUCGUGAUGAAAACGGUACUCCAGAUGCGUAAAUUCAUCAGCCGUCCGGCACUGAUACGUAAAACGUUCCUUAACAAGGAAAUAGCUCGAUUGGGACUAUUUCUCGGUGGAUUCACCUCUAUUUAUAAGAUGUCUUCCUGUCUGCUACGUCAUUUUACCGACAGUGAUAGUCCAUUGUUUGCCUUUCCUAGCGGACUUUUAGCUAGUGUUGCAUUCGCCUUCUACUCUGACAACACAAUUGCCUUGUACAUAAUGUGGAAAACGUUACAGAUAACAUACAACUGGGGUAUAGAGAAAGGUUACUUACCAAGGGUGCCCGGAUUUACGGUGAUGCUGUACGCCGCCAGUACUGCCCUAUUGUUUCACGCUGCCACUAUCGAACCAGGAAAUUUGCGGCCGAGUUACUGGAAGUUUUUGCACUCCAUCUCUGGUGGAAGAAUUUGCAUUAUGGAUCGUAGUGGGUUCGAUGUGUACGGUUUGGAUACUUCCGGACAAAUACGUACUAUGAUGAAGCUGUGCAAAACGGAACCAAUCCUACAGGGACGAUUGAGCUGAGACGCCGUACGGUUGAGUGAAUCCGUUCACAGAAAUGUAAUUUCUGUCCAACUUCCAAAUUCAUAACGCCACUGUUAACAGUGUGUUUAGAAAGCUUUGAGCUAUGAGGUAUGGGGGAUUAAGCUAAAAAAACAACAAAAACAAAAUCAAAGAUUAGUUAACACGUACGAACAAGUCCUUCAGCAAGUGACAAUGUUUUCUUUAUUACGCUGCGGACGGUUUGUACCGGCAUACCUUAGCAUAGCGUCAAUCAUCACAGAGAACGAGAAACUAGCGCACUUAAGCAAAGCGGGUACAGUAGAAUUAAAAGCGUAAUGCAAUUACCUGUUAAGCGGGAGGUUUAUGUUUGUUGUGUUUUUUUAUUUUUUACUUUUAAAAUGUGCAUGUUUUCUUGUUUUUUGUUUUAGCUAAAAUGUUUAAAAUGGAUUAACGUUUCGUUGUACGCAUAUAAUGACGGAAUAAAUUUUGUGCUAGGUAUAUAACUUGA